AUGUCUACUCCAGGGGAAAUGUCACUACACCAUCCGCCUUGGCAAUUUAUGCCGCAGCAACAAUACUUACAACAUCCUCAUACAAGCGAUUCUAUUCGGUGGCCAGAGAUCGAAGACCAAUUCUCUUACAAUGAAGAUACAAUGCUUUCGGAGCCAGUAAUGCUUCUGUUAGACGGAUUGCCUGAUGUCAUCGAAUUCGACAAAUCAAUAAUCAGAUAUAUACAUCAGCUAGUCCCUGAAAGCCAAGGCGAGGUGCUGAUUAAUGCGAAGACAGCUCGGACAAUUAGGGACGUCCUAAGGGAUCCCCAGAACGAAGAAAUUGAAUCUGCAGGGUUCCGGUGA